AAUAGGCUGUUUGCUGCCUCGAUUUUAUCUCUUGUGAAGGAAUAUCCAGGAAAAUGGCUUUUUCGAGGUCGCAGCCGUCGUGGCUGUCGAUGUUCUUCUCUAUAGUUACCAUCCUGACACUUUCUACUCCUGUUCAAUCCCUAUACUUCUACGUCCACGGGCGACAGCCAAAGUGUUUCUAUGAAGAAUUGCCCAAGGACACUCUGGUAGUCGGAAAUUACCAGGCCGAAGUCUACAAUCCUCACACCAAUACCUAUGCUCCUGACAGCAGUAUAUCCAUCACCAUCACUGUCGAUGAAGUUUUCGAUAACGACCACCGGGUCGUUUCUCAGAAGGGAGCUGACAAGGGACGCUACACCUUUUCCACGGCAGAUGCGGGACAGCACAAACUAUGCUUCACUCCGGACUCGCAUGCCAACAGUGGAUGGCUGUCCGGAGCUUCUGGCCCAGUGAAAUUGACCCUUGACAUGGCUAUCGGAGAGUCCAACCACCUAGAGUCUGAAGACAAGAGCAAGCUUGACGAUUUGGUCGAGAGAGUCAAAAACUUGAACGGAAGACUCCAGGACAUCCGCCGUGAACAGGUCUUCCAACGCGAACGAGAAGCUCAAUUCCGUGACCAAUCUGAGGCUACCAACUCCCGUGUUGUCCGGUGGGCUUUGAUUCAAACCGCUGUCCUCGGGGUUACCUGUGUCUGGCAAUUCUCACAUCUACGGAGCUUCUUCAUCAAGCAGAAGCUUACUUAA